GCUGCUGGUUCGCUCUCGCUUUUCAGGCAGCAGAACUUUCUCUCCUCUGCUCUACUCAAGACCGUCACUACUGCACAGGCUGUUGAGGGAUCAACACUCUGUUACAAAAAUGGAGUCCCCCCUGACAGAGCUUCCCACCUUGCUGCCUAAUCGAUCCAUGGAGAGCUGCCCACCUGUGGACUGUACAGUGGAGAACAUGAUCUUUGGAUUCUACUACAUCAUAGUUUUCCUUCUGGCACUGAAUGGCAAUAGCCUUGCCCUGUGGAUCUUCGCCCGCCAGAGAGGCAACUCUUCUCCAGCCAAUGUCUUCCUGCUUCAUCUUGCUGUGGCUGACCUGUUUUACAUCUUCGUUUUACCCCUCAGAGCCACUUAUCAUUUAACUGGGGGACAUUGGCCAUUUGGUGAAAUUCCCUGCCGUCUUGCGGGCUUCUUCUUUUAUGUCAACAUGUAUGCCAGUUUGUACUUCCUAGCCUGUGUUGCAGGUGAUAGAUACCUUGCUGUGGUACAUGCUGUACGUUCCCUCAAGGUCAGGCGCCCUCGUUACGCUCACAUAGCCAGUUUUGCACUAUGGGCUUUGGUGAUAGUGUCUAUGGCGCCCCUACUGGUCACUAAGCAGACUGCAGAAGUCAACGGCUCUACCAUAUGCUUGCAACUGUACAGAGAAAAGGCCUCACGGCAUGCUCUCGUCUCUCUCGCCGUAGCCUUCACGCCACCUUUCAUUGCCACGCUUUCUUGCUACCUGCUGAUAGUGAACAGUCUGCGGAAAGGUUCAAGGCUGGAGCCAGCACUCAAACUCCGAGCUCUCCGCACCAUUGGUCUGGUCAUGGUCAUCUACAUAGUGUGCUUUCUGCCCUAUCACUUAAGCCGUGCAACCUUCAUCCUGGGUUACGGACACCCAGACUUAUCCUGCCACAUCAAAAGAGGACUAGCCCUGGCUAACCGGCUUACUUCCUCUCUAACCUGCCUGAAUGGGGCUUUGGAUCCCCUGGUCUACCUGUUUGCUGCUGAGAAGUUCAGGGGAAGCGUUCGCAGGAUUUUUUGCAGAGACAAAUCAGGGGGGUCCGGCGCUACAAGCGGGGACCUGAAAGGUACACAUGAGAGCUCUCUGACCGCAAAGUCUGAGUUCUGAGCGAGCGAUUAAAAUCUUAAAGAUGGUAUGGAUAUUUUUCAUUGGAUUUAGUGAUUCGUCCUACACUUCCUCAGUGUAUGGUCAAUUAAAGAUCAGGAACUUUAAACAGCCUUAAGUAUAAUAACCAAGCAUGUGAUCUGGGCAUGUUAAAGCAACUGUAUGUAAAUUUAAGAUCAGUUACAAAAUCACUCUGAUGGUACACUGACUUCUAAUAAGGCGAAUGCCCCCCCCCCCCCAAACAUCUGUUCUAGGAGUAUUUAAGUUGGUGAGUGGGUAUAAGUCGGGUUGUUUUAUGGCAACAACAAAUGCAUGUGCACAGCUAUCCGCUGUAAUUACCACAGUGAUAUGCUCGCAAAGGUAUUACAUUUUUUUUAGUUCUAAACAAAGAACGAAAAAAGAGCUUUGCCGUGAAUAUGUAGGCCAAGGUUGCCAGGUUUUCACAACAAAAUCCGACCAAUUGCUACCCAGAAUUUAGUCCAAUGGCGUUUCGAGGGGGUUCACCCGGUAAAAAUCGCGUUCCAGGGGGGAAAACCCACGUUUUUGGCGGGGUUGCCCUGGUAAAAUUCCCAUUCCAUAUUUAGUGGCUAUCAUUCCAUAUUUAUCAGGCUAUCAAUAAUAUCACAUUAUUGGGGUCGCUUCAACACUGAUAUAGGGCCACUGAAUCACGUUCAGUCUCUUGUAUGUUACGUGUGCGAGAGCACGAGCAAAUAAGUUGCUGGCUGCAGUUCACUUAACGGCCACCGGUGCUUGCUAAUCGCUAAUAAUAACCAAGCAGCAACCUCCCGCUUUCUCUCGUGAGGCCAACACAGAAGUGACUUAAACUGUAAUUCGCCAACUGGCCGCUAGAGGCUGGCUGCAAAAGGGA